AUGGUUCAUAUUCUCUUGUUCUUCAUUUUAAACAUUAUCGAAUUUCUCCCCAACUGGAAAGCUCCUGGCUGCGAUGGAGUUUACAACUUCUUCAUCAAAAAAUUGGACUCCCUACAUAAAUUUCUAUUUGAUGAGAUCAGAAAUAUCAUUACUGGAAGCAGUCAACCUCAGAGUUGGUUUUAUACCGGGGUAACUUAUCUUAUUCCGAAAAAGGAUAAUUCCACUGAAGCCGGUGAUUUCAGACCAAUUACCUGUAUGCCGUGCCUUUAUAAACUCGUCACAAAGUGUGUAAAUGAGAAAAUUGCUGAGUAUGUGGAAGUAUACGAUCUAAUCUCUGAGUGUCAACUUGGCACUAAGAGGCAUUGUCAAGGUGCAAAGGAGCAAGCACUUAUUAACUGUUGUGUGAACAGGUCACAUGAGUACAAAUUAUUUUCUUCAUGGGUAGACGUAAAAAAAGCCUUUGACUCAAUCAAUCACGAAUUCCUUACAGUUAUUCUGAAAAACUCAGGGCUUCCUGAAUGGAUAACAAAGUUUGUAAUGUCAAUAAUUCCAAAUUGGAAGGUCUCCCUCAAAUUAGGAAAGCAGCAUCUAGGAAUUGUUAACAUAGAACGUGGAAUACUCCAAGGAGAUUCCCUGUCUCCUCAGUUGUUCAUUUUUACUUUGGAUCCGUUGAGCAAAUUGUUAUCGGCUAAAUACCCAAAUUUAUCAGUCAAUACCAAUCAAGAAAAUUCAGUGUUUUUUUCUACGAACCAUUUUUUGUUCAUUGAUGAUUUGAAACUGCUCGCCAAAGAUGAGGUCACACUCGGGUGUAUGAUGAAAGACGUGGAUUUAUUUUUUAAAGCUUCGGGUUUGGAAAAGAAUUGUGAGAAGUCGGCAACGAAUAGUUGUUUGUUAAGAAAUGAUGCCAAACUGCUGGAUGGACUGGAUAGUUACCGUUAUUUGGGUGUAUUGGAAAAUAAGUUUAGUCAGGUUGUUAAAGAAGAAGUUUUGAAAAAUUUACGGAUUGAGGUUCAACAACGUAUCGAAAGAUUGUCGAAGACGAAACUAAAUUCGGUGAAUUUGUUUAAGGCAAUUAAUGAACAUGCCUUAUCUUUGUACAAUUAUUAUAUCGGCCUUCUGGAUUUGGAACCGCCCGUUUUUGAUGAAAUUGACAAAUUUGUCAGGAAGCUGUUAAUGGAUCUAAAUAUUCAUAUGAAACCAGCCUGUAAGGAAAGGCUAUAUUUGCCGAGGGAUAAACUUGGAAGAGGGCUUGCCUCGAUUACCUUCAGGUCGGAAAAAAUGCUGUUUGACUUUCGUGAAAAUCUGGAGAGGCGAAAGUUAAUCUCCCCAAGAAAGGCAGCAAUUCUGUGGGCCGAGCAGAAAAGAAAAUCCCAUAUGGCCACGAUCACAGAAUUCCUGCAUUGUAAAUAUGGAACGAACACCCAAGAAGAGAUAACCAACUCACUGAAUAGAUUGCAGAUUGAUUCCUUACUGUCCAAUAUCAAGAAGAAAACACUUCACUCGAAGCUAUUUGAAUCCCUUGAUGAUAACAAUUUUGAUAUUCAAUCGUCUUCAACAUGGCUUAAGAAAGGAAAUAUAUCUCCUAAAUCUGAAGCUAUGUUUUCAUUUCUUCAAGACAGGAAUAUUUUUUUCAGAGACCCUAAUUCAAAAUGUCCACACUGUAAAUCUUCCAAUAAGACGGUUGAUCACAUGGCAACUAGAUGCAACAGGAUGCUUAAUUCGGAUUAUACGAGAAGACACAAUGAAAUUGUGAGAUGCAUCCACAUGAACUUGUGCCGUAGAUUUGGAUUCAAAAAAUCCAGAAGACUGAAAAAUCACUCUGUCCAGAGUAUUAUGUGCAACACCUUGGCAGAAAUACGAGUUGAUACAACAAUUCCAACAGAGUUGAAGAUUCAAUAUAACAAACCCGAUAUUUUCCUCUACGACAAAAGAGAGAACCUAAUAUGGCUUAUUGAAGUGGGUGUGACUUCAAUAGAUAACCUAAAGAGUGUGGAAGUAAAAAAACUGCACAAAUACGACAUUUUAGCUAGUGAAUUACAACUGAUUCACAAGGCUAAGGUGAAGAUUGUGCCAAUUGUCAUUACGUGGGAUGGAAUCGUUUCAACAAUCUACCGCAAGUACAUGGAGCUCCUUGGGAUUGAAGAACGUGUUCGGUCUUACAUCCAGACUGUAACGCUGAAGGCCACUCUGGAGAGCAUGUUUGUCGAGUACAAACAUGGCUUCAGUGAAAUUCUGGACUCUGCAAAUUCCGUAAAUAGGGACUGGCGGAAAUAUAAUUUCUCUAUGAAGAUCAGCAAGUCCCUUAAGAGGCCCAGAGACUGCACGCCCCAGGCGGAGAUUGAGGAUCAUGGCGGAGAAGAUCAAAGUGGAGUUAUGGGGAACUCGGGAAGCAAAAAUUUGAGAGUCGUCUAA